AUGGUGGAGGCCAAGCGCAACGCGUCCGGGUCCAAAUCCCAACAUCGGAAUCCACGUCCAGAAAAGAGGCCACCUCUGACGCAUUUUCUGUGUCUGCCACUCGUGAAUGAGGCUUCUCUCCCGCAACUUGAGACAUCUGUCGCCGCAUUCAAAGCGGCUUAUCCGCCUGUGCCGGCCGCAGAGUUGCCUCACAGCCAAGAUUCCGCAGUCCAGCAAGACAUAUUACGUCCGCUCAUCCCCCAUGGCGCCCUGCGUCCACUAGGAACUCUUCAUCUGACUUUAGUCUCCCGAAAAAAAGAGCGGCUCGAUGAGGCUAUUUCAUUUUUCCGCUCGUUAGAUCUUCGCGCUCUAAUGCGUGAGGCAGAGCGUGUGGCUGGCGACUUAAGGACCAAGCAAUCUUCCUCAAAGCAUUCCGGCAGCGUGGAUACGCCUUCUGAAUCUUGUCCUGCGACCUCCAGUUACUCAAACGAAUUCACGGUUUCCUUAGAGUCCCUUCAUGCUUUGCCACGUGCUAAGACGGCGACGGUCCUACACGCUUCUCCCGUUGACCCCACUGGUCGCCUAUAUCCAUUCUGCAUUAUGCUGCGGGAUAAAUUCAUCGAAGCGGGAUUUAUUAUAGGAGAGGGCGAAAAGAAGCCAGACGCGAUCAUCCCCGCCCCGAAGAAAGAUGUUCAGCCUUCCACUACCUGCCCAGAUCUAGCGACCAAGGACAAUGUUUCACAACGACAGGAAUCUCCCGAGGGAGACCUCGUAGUAACUCGAGAAACGAGAUUGGAUUCAUAUGCAGCAGCCCUCGCACGCAAGCCUAAACCUCGACCCUUAUUACUACAUGCUACACUGGUCAACACAAUCUAUGUCCGCGGCCGACCGAAGCCAAAACGCGGAGAUGGUCCAAAACACAAGGGUGGGCCCAAGCGCAUUGAAUUCGAUGCUAGGCAUCUUCUAGCCAGAUAUCGAGAUUACUAUAUCGAUGAAGCUAGGACAAUACCUCGCAAUCUUUCAGACCUUAUCCACCAUGAAGAAAAUGCCAGAGAUUCUACAGGUCAGAUCCCAUUCAUCUGGGCGGACAAGAUCCCCAUUGAUUCGAUCUGUAUUUGUGAGAUGGGUGCUAAGAAGCUUGAUCUUGAAGAUGCUGCGAUGGCAGAUCCAGCAAGUGCACGGUGGAGUGCGCGGCUGGGAGAGAAGUACACUGUCGUUGCGCAGCGGAGCAUUGGAUCAACCGGAGCGGCUAUUAGGCCGAUCAGCCAGGGGAGUGUUGAUGGGGGUGUCCUGUUGCGUUGA